AUCGAUUGGCCAUACGUAUCAAUGCGUUAAGGCGGAAGGUAUAAAUAGUUGGAGCGUUGAUGGCAAGUAUCUUCGGUGAGUUGGGCGCAACUCACUGUUGGGUCCAUAGUUCAGCUAGGGUCCAAGUGCGAUGGGGAAGAUCAAGAGGAGCCUAUGGCUUCUCUUCGUUUUGGCUGUGGGGGUCACAGCCAGACCCGAAAGUGCUGAAUCACAAUCCGAAACAGUGAGCUCCGAGAUUCGUUCAGGAGCACAUUUACUCAUAUCAACAUCACAAGAAUCAGAUGAAUCUUUCGACCUGAGUCCAGAAGAUUCCGAAUCUGAUGAGGCCCGUAUGUUCAACCCUGAAGAUCUUAUCAACUUCUCACCAGACCCAACUCACAAAUGUCACGCGGAGGGUGACAUGUACUACGAGAAGAGAGGCGACAUCUGUUACGUGUGCGCCUGUUUCACUUCCGUGGGACGCCUCUACUCCAAAUGUGCACCAUGCACUGGUUGUCCACGUAAGAGCAGCUUUCGAUAACUUAUUAGGCACCUAAUGGUCACUUAGAAAUAAGAUGCUUAAUGCUAGAAUUUUCCACAGAGGAACAUCGUCCUGUAAUUUUACCUAAUCUACCAAGUAAGUUUUGUUUUAUCCAGGGCCCUCUGUUGUUUCAUCUUCUUCAGUCUUCGUUGUGUCCUGAUUCUAGGCUUCAUGCCAUUCAACCUUAUUUGUCAGUUUUGAAGUUCUCUCUUGUUUAGGUCCGUUUUCGUUGCCUUUUCCUUUACGGCUCUAUCUCUCUACGAGGAUGAUACCUUCAUUUUUCUUACGAUUGAUAUGGUUUCUUAUGCCUGUUUUUGGUGUAUACUUUCAAAACUUUUCUCAUUUUUAGAUUUUAGGGGUGUAAUGUGAUACUUGAAUUACAAAUUGUUUGUAUUGGUUUUGAUUUUUCGCAGUUCUUAAUAUAGAGAAACCACCCGAAAGCCCUGGUUAGUGGUAAAUUUUUGCACGUUAAAUAUGUUUCAUAUAUCUUUUCUCAAACUUUAAUUGUUUUUGCGCUUUCUUCGUAAGUCAAGUCACUUCCAUUUCAUGAAUAAUAAAUUACCGAAAAUUUUAAAUAAAUGUUAUUGAAUUGAUAGCUCCAGAGAGUCCACCAGGUAAAGUAAAUUGUAUCGUAUAAUACACGUUUAUUAGGUUGUCGUAGUGUUCUGUCUAUACAUCAAAUUGAGUUAUUCCAAAUCUUAAAGAAAUCACCUUGGUUUAGAUAUAUAAUCUAAGUUAAAAUGGAACAUUUUGAAAUUUUAAACUAAAUAAUAUGAUGCCUAAAUCUGUAUUUUUCAGUUCAACGGCUAGGUCACAAAUGAAGCUUAUGUUUCAGAGCCUCUUCCGUCACCGCCGUUACCGCAACCGUUACCUCUGCCGUUACCCCCGCUACCCCCACUACCUCCGUUACAGCCGCUACCGCAACCUCUGCCGCCGUUACCACUUCCGGAGCCAGGUACAUGGAACUAUCUAGUGACUCUAUUUUAUUUAUUUGUAGAAUACAAAAAUCCUCAAAUUCUGUGGAGUUGUCACGGAUAAUUGAGAUUAAAAUAUGUAAUAGGCCCUAUAAAGAAUUAUCUACUGAAUAGAAUUUAAUGAGUUUAUUAUGGAGUGAAUAGUACUAAUUAAAAAUUCUUGUUAUAUUGGUUUAUUAAUAUAAAUCUUUCGGUUUACAUUUAGUUCCACAAAUAAAACUGCCUCCUCUUCCGCCACCACCAGGUAACAGUCAAUUUACAAUAGCUUAUGUGUUUGUUGUUUUCUUUGUCCUUUUUGGUUUGCACUAUUCCUUGGACACAUCUUCCCUUUGUUUUUUACCAAUGUAUUGAAAUGAUGACAUUUUUUUUGCAGAAUCUCUUCCGAUACUACCUCCAUUGCCACAACCAGGUACUUUGAAUUUUAUUAGGAUUUUCUUCCUAGCUUUUAAACAAUGUAGUUUUUGAUUUGUAUGGGAUUGGGUAGGAUAAAUACGUGGUGUGCUUUUUAAGUUACAUCUAAUGGCUUUAUCUUAUGCCGAUUUCAAUUGUCUUCAUCCAUAUAUAUUUUGUCAAAUAUCGUAACGUCAGCUGAGUUUCACUAGUUUUGUUUUUCUUGGCACUAAAUGCCUUUUCAUCUUUCGCUUUUGUUUCUUAUGCCAUUGCUUUUGGGUUUUGGUCUUUGGACUUGAAGGGUCAUUGACACGUAUUAUUUUUGUCCGCAUUAUUUUCACAGAACCUCUACCUCCGUUACCUCCGUUACCUCCAUUACCUCCGUUGCCUCCUCAACCCGGUAAGACAAAAAAAUAACAAUUCACAUUAAUC